AUGAGUUCCAGAACUGUUGUGAAAACGGCGCCAAAUCGUCAGUCAUCUACCGGUAAUUUGGACCUGUUGUUUGCGAUCGACCGCUCCACCGAUUUGCCAAUAGAUCUGACAAACCAGCUGAAAUUAGCAACCGAAUUAGUUGAUGAACUGACCGAUGAAGAUAUCAGUGAGGGGCGCAUCCGAGUUGCUAUUAUAAGCUUCGCUCAGAAUGCACGAAUGGACUUGAAAUGGGAUGAUGCGACAAACAAGGCAGAUAUCUUCAAUAAACUUUCGUCUAUUGAAUAUGCCGAUGGUAAUUCAUCUACGGUUGCCGGAAUUAAGCUCGUCACUGAAUAUGCUCAAACGGCUCGACGGGCGGGUGUGCGCCUGAUGAUUAUUCUGGUUUCGGAUGGCAAUAGUCAGGAUCUGUGGCAUUCUGUUACCGAAACUGCCAAGUAG